AUAUUUUUUUGUCAUUUGUAAACUGGUUUUGACAAGUGGAAAAAUUUUUUCUUGAAGGAAAAAUAAACAAAGUUUCGCAUCAUGUAUUUGUUCUAAUUUUUCCUCAAUGUUUCCUCUUCUCUCCAAAGAUCAGUCGCGAGAAGUGAUGCAACUGACAACUUCAAGAAAAUCGCAGCGUUUAUAAGACACAAGUUGUGCGAAACAAUAAGAACUAAAGAAUAGAUGUAAUUGCACAUUUGUAAUAAAAAUGGCAAAAAUUGACGAAAACAUGUACUUGGAGAACAUUCCAUCGACGAUAUACAACGAAUUGAUUUACGAAUUAAAUAAAGAUUCAAAUUGGCAAGUACUGGCAUGUUAUGUGGCUGAACAACUUGGAUUACAAUGGAACUUGUGGCAACAAUUAUUAGAGCAAAGUAAUAAUGUAAAUAAAACACCAGCAGCCAACCUGUUGUUCGAAUUAAAUAUAAAAAUGUGCACAGUUGGAGUGUUAUGUAAAUUUCUUAGAGAGUGCGAGCUUAAUCACGUUUUAUCUGUUUUAUAUUAUCCAGAGCCUUUAGUAAUUAUCAAAGAUUUGUCUGAAAAUAUGGAAAAUAACUCUUGUGAAAUAUCCAUUGGCCAACGCCUUCAUCUUUCUUGCAAAGCCACCGGUAUACCACCACCGAGUUAUCUAUGGUAUCACAAUAACGUCAAACUUCCAGAACAGCAAAGUCAGGAACUCGAUAUUACUAUAAAUAGCCAUGACCAAGCUGGAGAAUACAAGUGUAAAAUCUCACAAGUUGACAGAACCACAAACAAAGUGAUAUCUGUACUAUUGACAGGACCAGUAUUUGUAAAUAUACCUAGCACAUCUAUAGAUAUUUUACAGCAACCUCCCGCUGUUAUAGAGAUUAAAGAAAGUGAGGAUCUUGUGAUUACGUGUUUGGCAAACAGUUAUCCUAAACCGCAUUACCAAUGGUUUCGAGAUAACACAAAACUAGAUGGAGAAACAUCCAACAAAUUACAUAUAAAACAAUUCAAUUCAAAACAUGAAGGAAAAUAUUACUGUUACAUAAGUAAUAGCGUGAAUGAAAUAAUUACUCAAAGAAGUCUUGUAAUGAUGGAUCUUCCACGCGAAAAGGCAAUUGCAAAAAUAGCUCUGGUCAUUGCAAAUGACAAUUACGAGAAUCUUGAAUGUCUCGAAACACCUAUAAAUGACGCGGCAAAAAUUGGCAAUCUGUUGAAAGAAAUAGGUUUCAAAGUGAUUUGCCUUGUGAACUUGUCAAUUGAGCAAAUGAGAAAUGCUAUAAAGAUAUUCAGUGAAGCUUUAUCUGAAGGAGUUUAUGGAUUAGUUUAUUAUGCCGGACAUGGGUUUAAAAUGCAAGAAAGCUACAUGCUCGCUAUUGAUGCACCGAAAUUUUACUUAAGAAAAGACGCGAUUUCUGAAAGCGAAUUGCUAGCCGUAUUGCUGCAGAAUGACCCUGCUCUUUUAGUAACAAUAUUAGAUAUGUGUCAAACUGUACCACCAAAAGAAUGCAAUCCCGAUAUUCACAACGAAAUACCAACAGUCAAGGAAUAUAAGAGUAGAAAAAAUCUUCGGAAUUUAGUGCAAGCAUAUUCCACAUCUAGUCAUCGUCCUAGUUACGAAAGAACCAACAGUAAAUAUGGAUUGUACGCGAUGCAUCUGAGCAAAUACAUUACUAGAAAUAUCCCAGUUGCACAAGUAUUUGCAGAAGUGGGAAAAUCGAUAGAUAAGUACCUAACAGGGCUAGAACGUAAUCAAAUUCCAAUAUUUGCUUUGACUAUUACGAAACCUUUUCGUCUCACUGAUGCUAUUUACAAAAAAGAAUUGCCACCUGCGCUAAAUCGAUUAAAUAAAUUAAUAGCUUUUUCGUCAAACUCUUUUGAAAUCAGCUUCAAACAAGCUGGUAUUUCCGCGAAAGUUACAAUCUCAUUAUUUAUGGAACCGUAUUUAAAUGUACUCAAGGUUUUAAUGUGCAACUUGGAGGGUUUGGAAACAAAGAUUUUUCAUUCCGUACCUACAAAACAAAAUAACUUGUUCCAAGCGUCCAAACAGGAAUAUUGGAUACAUAAUCCACAAAUCUGUCAGGGACCUUUAAUUGUAUCCAUAUCAAAGGAAGGAACUCUUAUUGGUGCAACAUUCUUACAUAUAAAUAAUUAUAUUCCAUUAAUAUUGGAAAGUAUCAAGUGAAAAUUAACAUUAUAUGUAUAUAAAUUUAUUAUGCGUA